AUGGCCAAGAACAAGAAGGAGAAGAAUCGAAGUACGAAAGGCAAUUACGCGACUUAUCAUAAAACUGAAGUUUUUUGCAAGUGUUCUGAAUGUACUGGAGAAUGUGGGCCCAAGAGCAAGUCAGUACCGAAGUGGAAGGAACGGGAACAUCGCAAGAAGGAGGCAAAACGCAAGAAGGCCCCCAGAAUUCGUCCCGAGUCCAUCAAGACUAUUGAAACACUUGCCGCACACCAGAUAAUACAGCAACCUGAAGCGGGGCCCUCUCAGCGUGUCGCUGAAGCAGCACACAACCAUCCUUUUGGAUUGUCUGAGCCGCCCGAGCCACAUCGCUCACUCUCUCCGCAGCAGCCUGAGUCUGCUCCUGAUAUGGUCGUAGAUGGUUUUGACAUUGGCGAGAGUUGGAACGACCUGCCCGAUGUUGGAAGCAUGGUUCCUGGUGUUGAAAGAAUGAUCGGAGAGACUUCUGGAGUCUCUGCAUCUAGAGAUUCAGCUCCAGACCCCCAGCUUACUACCCUGCCUGCUGACGAUGACUUCGCUGACGAUUGA